UGACAAUCAUCAGAAAUAAAAAUGGAAGACGUGUCUCGCGAACGUCCCUCUUAAAUAAACAUUCCAAGUGUUAAAAAUGGGUGACAGUGCGAAUUCUAAAACUAUUUCUAGCCAUGGCGAGCCGUCGAUGGAAGGCUGGCUAUGUAAAUGGACGAACUAUUUAAAAGGUUACCAACGUCGGUGGUUUGUUUUGCAAAAUGGACAUCUGUCAUAUUUCAGGGCUGAAAACAAUGGCGGUGUUCCCACACUAUCAAUACGAAGACGAAGGCGAUUCAAGGGGAACCAGGCGGAAAUGGUGCACACGUGUCGCGGGAGCAUAUCGCUACACGGCGCCCUGAUUCACACGGUAGACGCCUGCACCUUCGUGAUAUCGAACGGCGGCACGCAGACGUUUCACAUUAAGGCGUCGUCGGAGGUCGAACGUCAGCAAUGGGUGACCGCGCUGGAACUUGCCAAAGCGAAAGCCAUAAUCUUUUACAGUCGCAACAUGGAGUCGGAGGAGGACGAGGAGGCGGACGAGGCCUCGGGAUCGCCGGAGGAGUGGUCGGGCGUCGUUCGCGAGCUGCAGGCGUGCCUCGACGACCUGCAAACGUGCUCGGAGUUGAUCAGCAAGCACGGCGCCUCUCUACAAAGGGCCUUGGGCGAACUCGAAAGUACAGUCGAUCCCGAUUUGGCGCAGGGCAAAUCGAAGCUCGUCAACGAACGCGCGACCCUAUUCCGAAUUGCUAGUAACGCGAUGAUAAACGCGUGCAACGGUUAUCUGCAGACGGCGACGACGCACGGGCACAAGUGGACGCGUCUGCUGCAGCACGAGCGCGAGCAGCGCCAGCGGCUGCAGGAGAUGGUGGAGACAUUGGCGCAGCAGCACUCGCGUUUGGAGCAGGCGGCAAACGCGCACGCUCACAGGCCAAAUGGCCCCGUAAGCGCGAGCGAGGGCGAGGAGGAGGACGAAAAUGAGUUUUACGACGCGCUCGCCGAAGGUAGCAGCACGCCCGGCGAUGGCCGUUUCACGUUAGACAUUCCAAAGGGCGGCCUGCACCGACGCAGCAGCUCGGACAGUUCGAGCGAGCCCGAGGAGAGCCAGGAGACUCAGCAGGUCGUCGUCGUUACGGGAAAGAGCGAGUCGAAGGCGGCGUCGAGCUUGGAACUGCCCGCCGUGGCUACGACACGCGCCGGUCAGAGGAGGACGCGCGUCCCCGACAAGCCGAAUUAUCCCCUUAAUCUGUGGAGCAUCAUGAAGAACUGCAUCGGAAAGGACCUGUCGAAGAUUCCGAUGCCGGUGAAUUUUAGCGAACCGCUGAGCAUGCUGCAGCGUCUCACCGAGGAUUACGAGUACGCGGAAAUUUUGGAUGUGGCGGCGAGGUGUACGGAUCCGUACGAACAGUUGGCGCAUGUGGCUGCGUUUACAGUAUCGUCAUAUGCGACUACGAGUGUCAGAACUGGAAAACCCUUCAACCCUCUUUUAGGCGAAACGUUCGAAUGCGAUCGUACCGACGACUUGGGAUGGAGGGCGAUAAGCGAGCAGGUUUCGCAUCAUCCUCCUAUGGUCGCGCAGCAUUGCGAGGGUAAAGGCUGGAAGUGCUGGCAGGAGUUUACGAUGACCUCGAAAUUUAGGGGAAAAUAUUUACAGGUUAUACCGUUAGGAAUGGCGCACGUCGAAUUUCCCGAAAGCGGUAACAAGUACUCGUGGCGAAAGGUGACGACGACGAUUCACAACAUAAUCGUCGGCAAGCUCUGGGUCGACCAGCACGGCGACAUGGACAUUGUCGGUAAGGGACAGGCCGCCGGCAUCAAGUGCCACCUGAAGUACAUCCCGUACUCGUACUUCACGCGCGAGACUCAGCGGCGGGGGAAAGGGGCCGUCAUGGAUUCGCUGAAGAACGUCAAGUGGAUCAUUAACGGCACGUGGGACGACAAGGUGGAGAUCGCGCCCGUUAUCGGCAGUUCCAAUACGCUCGAGAAUCCCGUUUACCAGACCGGGGCGGUUACGGUCGCGUGGAAGCGAAGGAUGCCGGCGCCCGACGCCGAGAAGUUUUACAGUUUCACCACUCUUGCCGCGCAACUGAACGAGUACGAGGAGGGAGUCGCCACUACUGACUCGAGAUUACGACCGGACCAGCGCUACAUGGAGAACGGCAAGUGGAACGAGGCGAACGCGGAGAAGGUCCGGCUCGAGGAGAAGCAGAGGGCGACGCGGCGACAGCGCGAGACGGAGGCGGAACGCGCGGCCGCCGAGGGUCGACCGUACAUGCCCUAUCAGCCGAUCUGGUUCGAGCAGGUGAAGGAGGACGACUCGGACACGAUCUCGCACGUGUACAAGGGCGGAUACUGGGAGGCGAAGGAGAAGGGGGACUGGUCGCAAUGCCCGGACAUAUUUUAAUGUUAUUGCCGAUAGUUUAUUUUGUAAACGGCGUUGCUGAAGUCGGGUGCCCCGAAAGAUCUGUCGACGAUGGCAAAAUGAAAUGCUAGACAUAACUUUAUAGUCAAUAAUAAUAAUCUAUCCUAAGUACUACUGAUUUUAAUGAAGGAGCUUCUGAUAAUUUUUCUAAAAAUUGUUUGUUAUGUAAAUAUCUGAUUUUAUCGCAAUGUAAAAAAUUGUUACUUAUUUGUAAGGUCUAUUAUGUUGGUAUCUUUUAGUUCUCUUAGUGGAAAAUCUUUCGAGCAUUACAUGGUGUCAUGGGGAGAAGGAAUUUCUUUAACUCUUGUGAUUUGUUGGGAAAGGACCAUCGAUAUAUGCAACCUACACGAAUUUGUACGCUAUCUACCGAAAACAAAAAUGCGUUUUGGUAUCAUACGACUUUGAUAGAGCGAUUGUUGUUAAAAUGUAAUUUGCAAUUUUUGACUAUCUAUAAUUUGUGUAUGUAAAUACAAUUAUCUGUGCAACAAAGGCUUUCAACAUGUAAUAUUGAAUAAAGUUUAUAACACUUA